AUGUCGCCCACUCCACAACAGCAGCUGACAUCAGCUUUCGAGACGAAAAAGCACAUCUCCUUCCUCCUCCGCUGCCUUCGUCUCCUCCCACAACCCUACACGUCGGCGGACGACCAACGUAUGACGCUCGGCUACUUUGCCGUUUCCGGCCUGGACCUCCUCGAUUCGACCUCCAAGAUUCCCCUUGACGAAAAAGCCGAACUGAUCGAGUGGGUGUACGACCAGCAACUUCCCACGGGCGGGUUUCGCGGGUCUCCCAGCACUGGCCCUUCCUCGUCUCGCUUCGCAGGCGCAAACGUAGCCAUGACCUAUGCGGCGCUGCUCAUCCUCGCCGUGCUGAAAGACGACUUUGCGCGCUUGGAUCGAGACGGACUGCUGCGCUUCGUCGGCGCGCUACAGGAUAGAGGGGGAGGAGGUUUUGCAGCGGAAGAGCAGACAGGAGAGGAUGGGGUGGUGGAUCGGGAUCCGAGGUUCACGUAUUGUGCCGUGACGAUCUGUUCGAUGCUCGGAGAGUGGGGGAACGUCGAUGUGGGAAAGGCGAGAGAGUAUCUGGAGGGAUGUCAGAGGUACGAUGGUGGAUUUGGUGCGAGUAGCGUGCACGAAGCGCAUUCGGGAAUGACGUACUGCUGCAUCGCUGCGCUUCACCUUCUGCCUCAGGACGAAACCACAGCGAGGUGGGGGAGGGAAGAAGAAGCCCUGGCAUGGCUCGCGCAUCGUCAAGUGGCACCAUCGGAAGAGGCCGCGAUGACAACACAAGCACAAGACGUUGCAGAGGUAUCGGACGAAGAGGAAGCAGAGCUGGCCGGUGGCUUUCAGGGAAGACCCAACAAGCUCCCUCCAGACGUAUGCUACUCGUUCUGGAACGGCGCCGCGCUCUCGCUGCUAGGUCAACACGACCUCGUCGAUGCGGUAGCUGAUGCAGGCUAUGUCUUGUCGGCUCAGAGCAGGGUGGGCGGGAUAGCGAAGAUUCCUAAUGAGCAUCCGGAUCUGUUGCAUACCUACUUGGGACUGGCUUCGCUUUCAUUGCACCAACCGGAUGAGGACGGAUCGGGGAACGCGGAGGAUGGCGACGGGAUCGACUUUGGAGUCAAACGUCUUGAUGCAGCAUGGAACUGCAGUUUGGGGGCAAAUGAAUGGCUGCGGGAGCAUCUGACCAAGCAAUGA